AAGUGGCAAACAUUUGAACACUGCCUCUUUUGUGGUUUGGAAUCUACACUGUCCAUAUAUAAUGCUCCUCUCCUCUGUGAUGUACACAACAUAAACGCGUCUCUGUUUCUUUCACGUGUCUUGUAAGUGAAAUUUUGCAGUAGUUCGUGAAACCAACGUUUGGUGGAAGUUGUGGAGGCAGUGGUAUAUACUUAUUAACGAUGGAUAUGUGGAACGUGGUGCAUGCAUUAAAGCCAGUUCUGCUUAUGGUCAUCGUUCAGGUGGCAAACGCUUGGGUCAAUGUUCUUUACAAACUCGCCCUUAACGAUGGCAUGAACUUGAGUGUCAUUGUUGCUUACCGUUAUGUUUUCGCAACAGUUUUCAUUACUCCUCUUGCUUUCAUCAUUGAAAGGAAGACGAGGACAAAGAUGAGUUGGUCGAUACUGUUUCAGUCAUUUCUAUGCGGCUUAAUUGGCGGUGCGUUGCCUCAAAACUUAAACAUGGAAGCAAUUGCUUUAACUUCUGUAACGUUUACAACGGCCAUAUCGAACCUGGUUCCAGCCAUCACCUUUAUGAUAUCCCUCUCCUUCGGAUUGGAGAGAUUAAAUUUAAGAACAGGAGCAGGGAAGGCGAAGAUAAUUGGAACGAUAACCGGAAUCAGUGGGGCAAUGAUACUGACUUUCAUUAAAGGCCCAGAAGUGAAGAUGCUGUCUUUCCAUGUUAACCUUUUCAACCACCGAAACGGCAACGUCGUACAUCCUCACCCUUCUUCUGCCGUUAUGACCGUAUUUGGCGCUCUCGCCUCUGUCGCAAGCAACGUCUCUUAUGCUCUCUGGCUCAUCAUUCAGGCAAAGAUGAGUCAAAGGUACCCCUGUCCUUAUUCCAGCACUGCGUUGAUGUCUCUAAUGGGAGCACUGUUAUCCAUUUCUUUUGCUUUUUGCGUUGAAAGGGAUUUUAGUCAGUGGAAGUUGGGUUGGAAUGUUAGGCUUCUAACUGUGGCUUAUGCGGGUAUAGUGGUUUCUGGAGUGAUGGUAGCUGCGAUUUCAUGGUGUGUACGCACGAGGGGCCCAUUGUUUGUCUCCGUUUUUAGCCCUCUAAUGCUUGUGGUUGUGGCUUUUGCUGGAUCCACCAUUUUGGACGAGAAGCUAUACCUUGGAAGCAUCAUUGGAUCAAUGUUGAUAAUUUGCGGAUUAUACGUGGUUCUAUGGGGCAAGCACAAAGAGAUGAGGAAGAAUAAAUCUGUUCCAUCAGAAAGCACCAAUAAACCUGACUCGGUUCAAAUAAUGAUUAAAUCUCGAGUAGAAGAGAAAAGCAACGAUAAGAUAAUGAACAUGCAUGAGAAAAUGGAAAUGUAACACAUAUAUACACUACAAGGCAAGAACAUAAGUGAUAUGUCAUCAUACUGUACAAUCUACCCAACAUGCUGUGGCCAUAUUUUUCUAGUGUUGGCUAAUUAACUUCAUUUCCCUCCUCUUCGUCUUUCUUUUCUUAUGUCAUUGGUUUCUCUUCGAACCAAAUUAUAAAAACAAAUUAAACUUGUAUUCAAUUACAACUUAGAAAUGCAUUUGUUGACGCUAUAUAUAAGAUCAUUCCAAAUUAUUUUUAA